ACUUGAGCUGUCAAACCGCCUCCGACGGGCACCCGGCUUGAACGCUCCUACUUCAAUCGCUGCAACUCGCGAUCGUAUCGUAGUGCGUACUCAGUGACUCACAAUCUGUGCGUGAUUUUGUAAUAUCGUAUGACGGAAUUGACUCGAAGGAGAUGAACGGCAGUACGACGACGGUGAAUAGUGGCGCCGUCAAUAGUUCCAAUGGAGCCCUCAAUGGUAUUGGUGCUGCUCCACGUACGGCUACACUCGGAACUCCUAGCAGUUACGCGUAUACUUCCAGCGGUUCGCUGCUUGGCCGCGGAGGUUCCGCCAGGCCUGUUCCACCGCCAACUUUGCCUAAAUAUAGCGGAUCAUUCAGUGCAGGUAGCACGACAGGUCUGCGAGAACGGGAUAGAGAGGGUACAGGGGGUUCACAUCGCUUAGCUAGUUUGGAAAGAUUGGCUUUACGGCAGAGAAUUAUCGAACAAAGUUCAAACAAUCAGGUGUCGAAUUUGACAUCCCUUAAUAACAACACCGGCGCAAGCAAUAGUGGACCCACCUCUGCUACCGUCACCCUCACUGACACGGCUACGGUGAGUCCCCUUGCGUUACAAAGUAAACGAGAGCUGUUCUUCAAGUCGGAUUCGGUGAGCGGUGGCGUAAGCGCGACGGGCCCGCCCAGCGGCGCACCGCCAGCGCCUCCUAUCGCGCCCACCGCACUCAAGGAUGCCCUGGCGAAACGCUCCGCUACACUCCCGGACUCGUAUGACAGUAAUCAUCACGAAGCUAACGGCACAGCGCUCCCCACCAAACUCAGCAACAGCGUGUCAGUUGAUACACCGAAACUUUCAAAUUCUGCACCCCCGUCGACUCCAGCUCCACCGGUGCCAACCACGGCGCCACCCUCAGGACCUGUUCCACUUAGGAGUACUGAAAACAUUAUGAAGAAACCAGAGCACCCACCAGUUGCGCCAAAACCAGAUUUACCUAAGUUAGAAAAGCCAAAAACCAAAGAAUUAGACGGAUACGUUGGAUUUGCAAAUCUCCCAAACCAGGUGUACAGGAAAGCAGUAAAAAAAGGAUUUGAAUUUACAUUAAUGGUAGUAGGUGAAACAGGGCUCGGCAAGUCGACGUUAAUAAACUCUUUGUUCCUAACGGACGUGUAUGACAAAGAUAAGCACCCAGGACCAUCGCUGCGGGUGAAGAAAACGGUAGGCGUGGAAACCAGCGUUGUUUUGCUCAAGGAGAACGGUGUCAACCUCACGUUAACCAUCGUCGACACGCCCGGAUUUGGUGAUGCCGUUGAUAAUAGUAAUUGCUGGCAGCCCAUCAUAGAUUUUGUGGAGUCUAAAUACGAAGAGUUCCUGAAUGCGGAGUCCCGCGUGACUCGUAAGGCGGCGCCGCCCGACACCCGUGUCCACUGCUGCCUAUACUUCAUCGCACCCAGCGGACACGGACUGAAGCCGCUUGAUGUGGAAUUUAUGCAACGGCUCGGCGAUAAAGUCAACAUCAUUCCCGUCAUAGCGAAAGCUGACACCAUGACACCUGAAGAAUGCAAGGACUUCAAAGAACAGAUAAUGAAAGAAAUCGCGCAACACAAGAUCAAGAUCUACGAUUUCCCUGAGAGCAGCGGUGAGGAGGGCGAGGCGGCGGACGCGACGCGGGCUAUUCGAUCGCGCGUUCCCUUCGCCGUCGUUGGCGCUAACACCGUCAUAGAGCAAGACGGACGCCGCAUUCGCGGCAGGAAAUACCCUUGGGGCAUCGCGGAGGUGGAAAAUCUAGAGCACUGUGAUUUCUUGGCUCUGCGCAAUAUGGUGAUUCGGACUCACCUUCAGGACCUUAAAGACGUCACGAGCUCGGUACACUACGAGAACUAUCGCUGCCGUAAGCUCGCCGGCCUCUCUCACGAUGGCAAGCCGCAUAGGAUUAACUCUAACAAGAAUCCUUUGGCACAAAUGGAAGAGGAAAAGAGAGAACAUGAUCUUAAGAUGAAGAAGAUGGAAAGCGAGAUGGAACAGGUGUUCGAGAUGAAGGUCCGCGAGAAGCGUGCCAAGCUGAAGGAGUCGGAGGCGGAGCUGGCGCGGCGGCACGAGGCCACGCGGCGCGCGCUCGAGGCGCAGGCGCGCGAGCUCGAGGAGCGCCAGCGCGCGCUGCUCGCCGAGCGCGCCGCCUGGGAGCGCGAGACUGGCCUCUCGCUCGACGACCUGCGCCGCCGCUCGCUCGAGGCCAAUAGCAAGGAGACGGUGGAUGGCAAAGACAAAAAGGAUAAGAAAAAGAAAGAUUGGUCUUUUAAGAGUGUUACAACUGGAAUAGCAAUAUAAUAUGGACGCAGGUCCUAACACGACGCACCAAAUUAGUUUAGUGAGUUAUAGUUGUAUGGUUAUAUAGCAUAAUGGAGCAACGAUUAAUAAAAGACUACAGAACGUAAUAACACUGUAUUUGACAUGUUAAAAUGAACUAUUCAAUUAUACACGAUUCUAGAUAAUGUAACUUUUUAUUGUAUUUAUUUAUAGUUUAGAGUAUUCAGUGUUUUUUUUUUAUUUACCGUAAGCGAGGCCUAAUUUUUCCAAUUAUGUUUCCAAACGCAUUUGUAAACAAUAAUUUGUACGUGUUUUAUUUCGAGGACUUUUACUAUUUUCAUUAAGAAAAUAGUGCACAAACAUGUUUACAGCUUACAAUUAGACUUUUACGUCCACAGAGAUGCCAAAUAGCUUGUAAUAAUAACGAUCUGCGUUAAUCAGAAAUCGACGUCUAAUACUUUAUUGUAUUUUAAAUAUAUAUGUAUAUUGAAUUUUACAGGCAAUGACGAUUAUAGCGACGUGAUUUCUCAGCUCAAAUCUGUGAAAUUAAAGCAUAAGCCGAUAAUGCUUUACUAAUAAAUAUAGCAUUUCCGAAUAUAAAACACAGUUAAUGAGGCACUGUCGAGUCUUUGUUAUAUUUAUAAGUAAAGAUAUUACGUACUGUAGUUAUUCAAAAUUACUUUAGGUAUCUACACCAUUCUAAAUUUUAAUGUGAAAUUAGAUAAGAAAUAUUUUUUAAUUCUAUAUCAUUACAAAUAAUACAAUUUUGGCUUAUUGAGUGCAUUCGAGUAUUUGAACAAAGUGUGAACUCGCACGGCGUUUGCUAUAUUUAUAAGAAGGGUCACAGAGUGAACAAGCUCGCAGGAGAAAUCUUAUAUAUAUAGGGGUUUUCGAAAAAAUUGAAUUAAGAAAUAAAAUUGUUCUUACUGUACCUUACAAGGCUCAAUUUUGAAUGUCAACAAUUAUUUGUUGAGUGAAAGAAGGGACAUAUUUCAAGGGUGGUCAUUAAGUCCAUUUUUAUUUUUAAGUUCAUACAUAUUUCAAGGAAUUCUUAUGGAACGUAAUCUGCUGACACGAUGGUAACGUUGGACUCUCAUCUUUGCCUGUAACUAUUAUAAGAUUGUAUACUAAAAAACGAAAGUUACUAUCGUGUCGCGAAUGUUAAUCUCUCGUCGUCAACAAGCGAGCUUUGUUCGAGUAGGUUUCUACAUCGGUAGUGGGUAUAUUGUGCUUAGUGAUAUUAAAUUAUGCUCAUAGAUCAGUUGUGACAUAGACUCUAGCUCUAGCUAGGUGUUAGUGUUUCAUUAUAAUAAUAUAUAAGGAGUGAAACAAAUAGGGCUCAUCUAUAAAAAUGGAUAAAAUGGAAAAGAAUUCGUUUCGUGUUGACUGAUUUUUUUACUUUUAUAAUUUGUUUCUACAGUGACAUGCAUAUUUUCCGUUGUACUACAACAAAUAUUGUAUUUUUUGUAAAUAUAUUAAUUUGUUUAAUACGAUCAUAUAAAAUCGAUUAUAUGCCAAGUUACUCAAGUAAUGACUAGUUAUGAGCAAUAUGCAUAAUCUUUAUCUAAUCAGCAUGGCGUGGCAAAUUGUAUUAUUUCCUACAUUACAGUAUUGACUCUCUCAAUAAAGUAAGACAUUAGGUAGUAAGAUUAUGCUUAAUUUUGUAUUUUGUGUAGGGCCUCGGCCCGCUUUACCAUACUGAUCAUUUGCUUAGUCAUUACCGACGGAUAUGUGAUGUAAGUUGGAUGAGAAGUAAAGUGCAGACGAUGUAAUAUAUUGUACUUUGAAUGAAAUAUAAAUAAAUACGUAAUAUAUAGGAA